AUGAGCCACCUCGCAUCAUGGUCUGAGGAUCUGCUGCACCUGCAGAACGACAAGGGCGUGGACACGAUCAUCCAUGUCAGCCCUCCGAAGGACAAAUACGUGCGCUUGAGCCCCGAAAUCGAGCAGUACCUCCAAGAGCAGGGCGAGUCUAGCCAGGAUCUCCUGCGCAAGGGCGUCGUGGUGCCGCCUCCAGCCGACCACUCGCAUCCUCUGACGCACUACUUUAUAUCGUCUUCCCACAACACCUAUCUCCUCUCGCGUCAACUGCUCGGCGAAGCCUCUGCUUUGACCUACGCACACGUUCUCCUGCGCCACGCGCGAUGCGUCGAGCUAGACGUCUGGCCCGGUCUUGUCGUCACGCACGGUUACACUUGGUCGACCUCGGUACCGUUGCGCCAGGUCGUCGAGACAAUAGGAACGAGCGUUCGCGAAGGAUCUUGGCCGGUGUUUGCCAGUCUGGAGUGUCACGUCAACGCAGAUGAGCAGGUCGAGCUUGUGAAGAUCAUGAAAGAGUGCUGGGGGGAGAAGCUGGUCGACGCUGCUGUGGCUACUGAAGACGGAGCACAUAUCACACCCGGAGAACUCAAGGGCAGGAUCCUCGUCAUGGUCGAGUACUACCCCGAGCAAGCGCCACCUGCAGACGAAGUCGAGACGCCUCCAGCAUCCGAGUCCAGCUCGAGCUCAAGUGAGGAUGAAGAGGAGAAGGAGAAGGAGGGUGUGGCUGCUGAGCAGGCGGCAAAGGAAGAGGUCGUCAAGUCUGAGAAGGAUAAGGCUCCACCAAAGAUCUCGGAGCAGCUUGCGAAGCUGGGCGUAUAUGCGCGCAGCAUGAAGCCAUCCAAGGGCUGGUUCAACGUCGAUCCGACCGAACCGGCAAAUGUUAUGAUCAACAUCUCCGAAUCUACACUCUCCUCUCUUGCCCCAACAAGCCGUCCCGCCUUGAUCCAACACGCUUCGCGUCACCUGCGCCGCGUAUACCCUCGUGGCACGCGCAUUGAGAGUACGAACUUGAACCCUAUCAAGUUCUGGGGCAAUGGUAGUCACAUCGCGGCGUUGAACUGGCAGAGCUAUGAUCGCGGAACACAAUUGAACGAGGCAAUGUUCGUGGGCACGCCGGGAUAUGUGUUGAAGCCGCCGAGGUUAUUGCCCGGCGCAAACUGGGAGGAGAAGCCGCGGAGGGAGAGGAUGAAGUGGGAGGUGAUUGGGCUUAGUUCACUUCCCGCCGAGUCAAACCUGCACGUCUAUAUCCGCGCUCAACUUCUUCAUACGGGUAAAACGCAAGAGUGGCGCAGCAAGACCGUCAAGUGUCAUGACGUCUCAAAGCGCCAGCACUGCGCUGACUUCAUGUACAACGAAGAGUUCUUCUUCGAGUAUGACGAGGAUGAUCUGACGUUCAUUCGAAUCCUUGUAGACGAGAACAUCGCUUUCAGGAGGGACGUGCGAAAGGCCGUGUUCGUUGCUCGAACAGAGUAUCUUGAGGAAGGAUUGUGUAUGGUCAGGUUGCUCAGUCCCAAAGGGAAAGAUACGGGCGCGACGUUGCUUGUCCGCAUCUCCUUCGAGACUCUGGAAUAG